AUCGGUGCUGUUUAUUCGCGAAGUUUCCACGAGACUCUGCUCCUGUCCUUUUCUUUCAACAACGAUCGAAUUUCUCCACAUUUUAUCCGCGAAAUUCCUAAUUCAUUGCCGCUGGUCGCUGAUUUAGGGUAUUGUUGUUUUGAUUUUUUUUUUUUUGGCGUUGGAGGAUUGUUGAAGCCGCCAGUUUUAGGGUUUUUGUCCAGAGUUAAGAAUCAAGAGCCAUGGAGGAUUAUUUUCCUUCGAGGUUGAAGAGGAAGGGCUUGGAAGACGUCACCGACGAUUUUUCCGACUUUCCCCUCACUUCUCCAGCCAGGAAAAUCCGUCGGCUGGAUGCUGGUCUACCGCCUAUAAUCGAGGAGGAGGAAUCCGACAUACCGAUCGAGAUUGAGAAUUGGCAUCCCAACGAACAGAGCUACGACAUUAAUUCAACUGGCGGUAUAAAGAUCGAGGAAUUACCUGAUGAACCGGUUAAUGAAGAGAGGGCAAUUGUUCUUUUCAAUCCAAACAACACUAAUCCAUUGCUGCAGACUCCAUCCAAUUUCUCUGUAUCCAUCGAUCCUUCCCUCGUAUCGGGGCUUAAAAUUUCUGUAUGCCAUGUAGAUCAAGUCCUGUGGUCGAACCAGCCGAACCAUUGGACACCAAGCCGCGAGCCUACUCCGGACGACGGCGACGACAGCACCGCUUCCAGCAAUGGGUCCCUCGCAGUCGUUCCAUGGGUUCCCUCAACGCUCGUUUCUGCACAAACAUCAUCAAAUUCAACACCAGCCGAACCUUAUACUUCUGAGAUGAUGGAUACUCAAGAAAUGGACGAAGCAGCCGCCAUGGAAGUUGAAGACAACUACCCCGCCAAUCAAACCGGCCAAUCGAGCAUGGAGAAUCCAGUCGAGCAUCAGUUCCACCAAUGGCAGCAGCAACACUGCGUCCUCCCGCAGCCUCCCCCGAGCACAGCGGCAGCGGCAACGCCGAUCGUGUGGUAUCGGUAGCGGCGGCGGCGGCGGUUGGAUUCCGAGAUGGUGGUGGCUCAACCACUGUGUGUAAGUAAUGGAGAUGAGAUGAUGUGAUAAAUGAGGGAGUUUAAGUAGAAGUUUCAGACCAGUUUGUAGCUUCUGUGUGUCUCUUUUGGCUGCACAGAUUUUGGGUUUGAACAUCCUAUACGAGGAAAAGGCUGUAUGGAAAUUAAGGUGGUUUUCUGCCACUCGUUGGUUGACACGUGUCACUUCUAUAUAUCGAUAUACUGAAAAGAAAUAUACUCACUUUCUUUUUUU